AUGCCUCCUCAGUCCCAGCCUCAAAUUUCCACCGACUUCAAGAGCUCACAGCAAGCAAUAGCUGCCGGUCUCCCACGAUGCGCCACCUCGACAUUGAAAGAGAUCUUUACACCUCAACUUGCCGACCUGGUCGAGAUGUACCCAGACGCAAAGAUCGUGCUCAACGUACGCAAAGGCGGCGCCGCAGACUGGGAAGCCAGUAUGAAAUUCACCAUCGCGCCCCUCUACAGCAGGAAGUACCGCGUCGCCAACUUCUGGUCCGUUCCAAGUUCCUGGCACUACCUGGCCGAGGAAAGGUGGCAGAAUUUCGUCAGAGAGAAGUUCGGCGUGGACACCUUCUGGGAAGCCUCAGCAUAUGAUGCCCACAACGAAUGGGUCGAGAAGGUGGCUCACGAACAUGGUCGUAAAGUCCGUGUCUGGGAGCUUAGGAUGGGGUAG